AUGAGUAACCACCCUGGAGUAUUCAUCUUGUCUGUUGAGGACAAAAGUCGUGUACAAGAAACCUUGAGUGUCAACGAAUGCCCUGGUAUAUCCAUUGAUCCUAUUCAAGUCUCGAGUGAAGCUUUGUCCCGAAACGUUGAUAUUUUGGAACAUAGUGCUGAUUACUAUUUGAGGAACCCAUGCCUCGCCACUCUUCGGACAAAGUCUUCACUAAGCUUAUGUUUAAAAACUUUUGAAGGUGGAGAAAGUAGUGAGCCUGGUGAUCAUGGAUCGGUAAAAUACCUGGCUUCGUGUGUGGCCGAAUUGGAUCGUUGCUUUCAGCUCUCUGGGGACGUUCAGGAACUCAAAAAAGCGAUCGAGUACACCAUUCACUCAAUGAAAUCUCUUUCAGAAAAUGACCCUCUCCUGCCUUACUUCUUGAAUAAAUUAGGAGAGUACUAUUGCAGUCGCUUCGAUCACUUCGGGCAGAUCGAAGAAGUCAAUCAAGGACUUGAUUAUCUAUCUAAGGCGCUGGAAUUGGAAUCUAAUCAUCCUAAGGAUACCUCAUUCGCACUAGUCGGUCUUGGAAUGACAUAUGCGAAAAGGUUCGAGUAUUGCCGUAAACUAGAAGACAUCAAUAAAUCGAUCGAAUUGCAAACCCGCGUAUUCUCAAAUACCUCCUAUAGUCAUCCGGACCUCCCUUAUUGGUUGGGUGAACUCGGAAAUUAUUUGGCAGAGCGUUUCUUCGAAUUAGGAGACCCGGAAGAUAUCCGCAAGGCGAUCGACUAUCAAAGCGAGGGGUUGAAACUCACGACCGGAGACGACACCAACGCAUAUCUCCUCAACAGCCUAGGGCGCUCAUAUAUUUAUCGGUUUAACCGCACAGGCAAUAAUAAAGAUAUAAAUACGGCGAUUAAGCUUCUUGAAGAGUCUUUGACGAAGACAUCCACUGGACAUUCAGAUAGGGCAUCUUGGUUGAGCAACUUGGGCAGAGCAUAUAAUAGCCGAUUAUCUGUAUCCGAUAAUUUGGAAGGCAUUGAAAAGUCAGUCGGUCUCAACUCAAAAGCACUAGAUGUUACACCCGCUGGGCGCUCCAAUAUUCCAGAUUCUCUCGGGACUCUAGCGGCCUUGUACCGAAAUAGGUUUAAGAUCACCAACCAAACGGUAGACAUUGAUAAAGUUAUUGAAUAUUGGAGUCGUGCAUUGGAACUUAUACCAGUAGAUUUCACAGACAAACACAUGUACUUGUUUUAUCUCGCUGAAUCUUACGACACUCGAUUUCAACAUCUACACAACGCGGAGGAUAUCAAAAAGGCAAUUCAAUACCAAACUCGGGGCCUGGAACUUACUCCAGAAGGCCACUCGAACGUCCCACUGUAUCUUACCAAUCUCGGAGGCAUCAUAAGCAGCGCUGCUGCUUAUGAUGCAACAUGCGAGCUGGAGAUUAUUAAACGAGCCAUUGAUUAUCAUUCUCGAGCAAUUACUUUGCUUCCCCUCAAUCACAUCGAAACUCCAUCCGUGCUGUGUAGACUUGGAGCUAUGUAUCAGAAACGUUACAAGAUCACCAGUGUUACAGCCGAUAUUGAUCAAGCCAUUGAGCACCUCUCUGAUGCCCUGGUGUUGUGUCCAAAAGAAGGGACCAAUCAUCGUCGGGCUCAUAUACAUGGCACUCUCGGAAAUGCCUAUAGUCUUCGUUUUGAAGAGUUGCUUGAUUUCGACGACUUGGACUCCGCAACUGAGCAUAUGAGCCACGGGGUUGCAUUAAUCCCGGCGAGUCAUGGACUGGCCGCUGAGCUCUUAAACGCCCUUGGGCAGUUGCAUCUCUCUCAAUUCCGCCCAUACCCUCCCCGGGAACUACGCUGGCCCCAUUUACACCUUGCAAUAGAGUGUUUUCGAAAAUCCUCUCACUGUCCUGCAGGUUCCCCAAGCGCAAGAUUUGCAGCGGCCUGCAAGUGGGCACGAUUGUCCGUACGUUAUUCCCUCGAUGACUCACUGGAGGCUUACCAGGUGGCCAUGGAUAUUAUACCACGCGUCAUAUGGCUGGGUGCAACAAUUGAAGAAAGGCAUAGUGAGAUACCUAGCGUCGAUGAGAUAGCCCUAGAGGCAGCUGCAGAAGCAAUAAGACUGAGCGAGUAUGCUCGUGCCCUCGAAUGGCUGGAGCAAGGGCGUUCUAUAGUUUGGACCCAAAGGUCCCAGCUUCAAGCACCUAUAAAUACCCUAAGCUCGGCCCAUCCAAAGCUUGCUGAGGAGUUAAUGUCCAUUUCCAAAGAGCUGGAGGUGGUAAGCUCAAGAGUUUCUCCAAAUCAAUCUGGCCUAGCCGUAGAUACUUCACUGGAACAAACAUACCAAAGACACCAUUGGUUGGCAGAUAGAUACGAACAUAUAAUGGCUGAGAUUCGUUCUCUACCUGGAUUCGAGGAUUUUCUCCGCCCCGCAAAGGCAUCUCAACUCGUUCGGGCCGCGCAGGAAGGGCCUAUCAUUUUAGUAAAUAUCUCUGUUUUUAGGUGCGACGCUCUAGCAAUUAUUCCAGGCAGCGAUAAAAUUAAACACAUCCCAUUACCCGAACUGGAAGAUGGUGAGCUUUACCACGCUAGGACAAAGUUAGAGAGAGCGUUAGAUCAACAAGAUAUCCGGGAGCGAGGCCUGUUUCAUCUCCGACGGCCCUUCAAAGACCCCGACGAACCUGCUAUUCGCUGUGAGUUCGAGGAGAUUUUGGAGCUUCUUUGGGAGCGUAUAGCAUACCCAGUUCUUAGCACACUUGAACUUCUGAAGUCUUCAGAGGGUGAUCCUCCUCAUCUAACCUGGUGUACUACCGGUCUGCUAUCUAUGCUCCCACUUCAUGCAUGUGGUUAUUACACUCGAAAAGACAAAAAUUCACUCACCAGAAUCUUCGACCAUGUAGUCUCCUCGUAUACACCUACCCUCGGCGCACUACUUCUGGCAAACAGGCAAGCGUCCGAUUCUAGUGUUUGUCCAAGCAUAGUGGCUAUCGGCCAGAAGGAUACUCCGGGACAGAGCUCCCUGCCUCAAACCGUAGCCGAGCUCAAAUGCAUACAGGCACGUGUCUCAUUGCAAAAGACAGCAAAAUUCAUGCAGAUUAUCAACGAACAUUCAACACGGGAGGCCGUGUUAGAGGCUAUGGAAACCAACGACUGGGUCCAUCUAGCCUGUCAUGCUCAUCAAGAUAAUACCAACGCAAACGAAAGUGGCUUUUUUCUUCACGACGGCCUACUGAGCAUCGGGACUAUACGACAACGAUCCUUCAAGGACAAAGGACUUGCGUUUCUAUCAGCUUGUCAAACCGCAAAAGGAGACAAAGAAAUAGCAGACGAAUCCGUCCAUAUAGCUGCAGCUAUGUUAAUGGCGGGGUACCGUAGCGUUAUUGCGACUAUGUGGUCCAUCCGGGAUGGAGAUGCGCCUCUAAUAGCUGACAAAGUCUACGAGUAUCUCUCUAUAGACGGGAAUAUGGAUCAUAGGAGAUCAGCGCGGGCGCUUCAUACCGCUCUGGAACACUUGAGACAGGAGGUUGGGGAGACGGCUUUUGAGUGUUGGGUCCCAUUUGUUCAUAUUGGUGCCUAG